AUGGUCGCCAAUAACAACACUCCACCCCAGCAGGAGUCAGCCAGGCUCAUAUCUGUCGCCUCAAACCCAUCUUCUCAAUCACCCGGUAAUGGUUCACAAAAGCAAUUUUUCAUCUUUGGUCACAACAUCUCGCAUUCACUAUCCCCGACUUUACACAAUGCUGGUUUCAAAGCCGUGGACCUGCCACACCACUACCAGAUCCAUGAGAGUGAGAACGUUGAUCAGACAGUGGAGCAAAUCAUCAAUCGCCCAGACUUUGGUGGCGCGUCGGUCACGUUCCCUCACAAGUUACAAAUCGGCAAGCUCUUGGACUCCACUUCAGAACAAGGGAAGAACAUCGGAGCCAUAAACACCGUGAUUGUGCAUGAAGCAAACGGGAAAAGAACCCUGCAUGGAGAGAACACAGAUUGGAUAGGCGUCAAACGGUGCAUUCUGAAGUCUGGUGCCCCAGACUUUGCAUUGUCUUCUGCACUGGUACUUGGAGCUGGAGGCGCUGCUAGAGCGGCUUGCUAUGCCAUCCAGACUCUCGGGUACCAAGAACUCAUUAUUGUCAACCGGACUUUGUCUAAAGCGCAAGAGUUAACCUCUAUCUUUCCGGGUCUUCAGACCCGUGCUUUCUCGACGCUAGAGGAGGCCAACGCCACGGGAUAUACAAACAUCCGCCUUAUAGUGGCGUGUGUACCUGCUGAUGACCUUGGAGAAGAUAAGAUCCCUACUGGAUUGUUCUCGGCGUCAGGGGAUGGCGUUUUAGUGGAGAUGGCUUACAGGCCUCAAGUAACUGGAAUGAUGAUGGUGGCUCGGCGACAUCCGAAUUGGAAGGUAUACCGCGGAGUUGAUGUCUUGGAAGAGCAGGCUUAUGCGCAAUUUGAGCUAUGGACUGGAAAGGAGGCACCGAUAGAAGCCAUGCGGAAUGCAAUGCAGGUGAAGAUUAACGCGAACAUGUAG